GCUUCCUCUUUUUCUUCCCAGUGACUGCAGGUAGGGGCAGACAUGCCUUUCUCAAACACCCACAACCUCCUGAAGCUGAACUACUCUGCCGAUGAUGAGUUCCCUGACCUGAAAGCUCACAACAAUCACAUGGCCAAGGUGCUCACCUUGGACCUGUACAAGAAGUUGAGGGAUAAGCAGACUCCCAGUGGCUUUACGCUGGAUGAUGUUAUCCAGACUGGGGUUGACAACCCAGGCCAUCCCUUCAUAAUGACAGUAGGAUGUGUAGCUGGUGAUGAAGAAUCCUAUGAGGUGUUUAAGGAACUUUUUGAUCCAGUUAUUGAAGACAGGCAUGGUGGCUACAAACCAACUGAUCAGCACAAGACAGACCUGAACGCUGAUAAUCUGCAGGGAGGUGAUGAUCUGGAUCCAAAUUAUGUGCUAAGUUCCCGUGUCAGAACUGGUAGAAGCAUCCGUGGAUUCUGUCUUCCCCCGCACUGCAGUCGAGGAGAGAGGCGGGCUAUUGAAAAGCUCUCCGUUGAAGCUCUGGGUAGCCUGGAAGGUGAUCUCAAGGGCAAGUACUAUGCUCUGAGGAACAUGACUGAAGCAGAGCAGCAGCAGCUGAUUGAUGAUCACUUCUUGUUUGACAAGCCAGUUUCUCCUCUUCUGUUGGCAUCUGGGAUGGCACGAGAUUGGCCUGAUGCCAGGGGUAUCUGGCACAAUGAUAAUAAGACCUUCCUUGUUUGGAUCAAUGAGGAGGAUCACCUUAGAGUUAUUUCCAUGCAGAAAGGUGGCAACAUGAAGGAAGUAUUUACCCGUUUCUGUACUGGGCUAACACAGAUAGAAAAUCUCUUUAAGUCCAAAAACCACGAGUUCAUGUGGAAUCCACACUUGGGCUACGUCCUGACCUGCCCAUCCAACCUUGGAACAGGGCUCCGUGCUGGUGUGCACAUCAAGUUACCAAACCUUGGGAAACAUGAGAAGUUUGGAGAGGUCCUCAAGAGACUGCGGCUUCAGAAGCGAGGCACAGGUGGUGUGGAUACAGCUGCUGUUGGAGGAGUGUUUGAUAUCUCCAAUGCUGAUCGUCUUGGCUUCUCUGAGGUGGAGCUGGUGCAGUUAGUGGUGGAUGGUGUGAAGCUGAUUACUGAAAUGGAAAAACGCCUUGAAAAAGGCCAGUCUAUUGAUGACCUCAUGCCAGCUCAAAAAUGAAGCACUUUAUUUUCAUGCUUCCUAACUUAUUGGAUGAAUAAUGUCACUCCAGUUCAAACCCCUGGGUUCAGAGCCCACUUAGUUACACUGUAGAGAAGUCUUCCAUCCAUCCGUGUUAGAGUUUAUUUUUUUGAUGGUUGAGAUGUUGCUGAAAAUAAACUGUUGUUUUGGCCUGAA